CUCAGCUUCUGGCCCUCGAGAUCAGUGUUUCUACACAGAUCCACAAAACUGAGCACAUCGAAAGGAAAAGGCAAACGUGCCAAUAAUGACCAGCCUGCAGGGGAUCAUUGAGCAGAGAUUGCAGAAGCUGCAUCAUCAGGCCCAUCAUGACCUUUAACCACCUUCAUGUCUCCUGUUCCUGCUCCACCUCCUCAUCUAAAGCUUCUGGCCCUCGAGAUCAGUGUUUCUACACAGAUCCACAAAGCUGAGCACAUCGAAAGGAAAAGGCACACAGUGACCUGCAGGGGAUCACUGACCAGAGCCUGCAGCAGCUGCAUCAUCAGGCCCAUCAUGACCUUUAACCUUCUUCAUGUCUCCUGUUCCUGCUCCACCUCCUCAUCUAAAGGUGGGAAAUAUGUCCCCCGUGCUGUGCUGGUGGAUUUGGAGCCGGGUACCAUGGACUCUGUGAGGUCUGGACCAUACGGACAAAUUUUCAGGCCAGACAACUUUGUUUUUGGAAAAAGUGGUGCUGGUAAUAACUGGGCCAAGGGCCACUACACAGAAGGUGCUGAGCUGGUAGAUUCUGUAUUGGAUGUGGUGCGUAAGGAGGCUGAGAACUGCGACUGCCUGCAGGGUUUCCAGCUUACUCACUCCCUGGGUGGGGGUACUGGGUCAGGCAUGGGCACCCUGCUCAUCAGCAAAAUCCGAGAGGAGUACCCUGACCGCAUUAUGAACACCUUCAGCAUUGUCCCCUCCCCCAAAGUAUCAGAUACAGUGGUGGAGCCUUACAAUGCCACCCUGUCAAUUCACCAGCUGGUGGAAAACACAGAUGAGACAUUUUGCAUCGACAACGAAGCUCUGUACGACAUCUGUUUCCGCACCCUGAAGCUCACGACACCGACAUACGGUGACCUCAACCAUUUGGUCUGUGCCACCAUGAGUGGAGUCACAACAUGUCUGCGGUUUCCUGGGCAGCUCAAUGCUGACCUGCGUAAGCUGGCUGUCAACAUGGUGCCUUUCCCUCGUCUCCACUUCUUUAUUCCUGGUUUUGCCCCACUGACCAGCAGGGGUAGCCAGCAAUACCGUGCCCUCACCGUGGCUGAAUUAACCCAGCAGAUGUUUGAUGCCAAGAACAUGAUGGCUGCUUGUGACCCACGUCACGGCCGCUACCUCACGGUGGCUGCCAUUUAUCGUGGCCGCAUGUCCAUGAAGGAGGUGGAUGAGCAGAUACUCAAUAUGCAGAACAAGAACAGCAGCUACUUUGUCGAAUGGAUCCCCAACAACGUGAAGACUGCUGUGUGUGACAUCCCACCCCGUGGCCUGAAAAUGGCUUCCACCUUCAUCGGGAACAGCACUGCUAUCCAGGAGCUGUUCAAGCGCAUCUCCGAGCAGUUCACAGCCAUGUUCAGACGCAAAGCUUUCCUGCACUGGUACACAGGUGAAGGUAUGGAUGAGAUGGAGUUCACUGAAGCUGAGAGCAACAUGAAUGACCUGGUGUCAGAGUACCAGCAGUACCAGGAAGCAACUGCUGAAGAUGAAGGAGAGGUUGAGGAGGAAGGAGAAGAGGAGCAGGCUUAAAGAAUCAAUGUUCUUCACUUUCCUCUUCUGGCCCUCGAGAUCAGUGUUUCUACACAGAUCCACAAGGCUGAGCACAUCGAAAGGAAAAGGCACACAGUGAUGCCAAUAAUUACAAGCCUGCAGGGGAUCACUGAGCAGAGUCUGCAGGAGCUGCAUCAUCAGGCCCAUCAUGACUUUAACCUUCAUGCCUCCUGCUCCUCCUCAUCAUCUAAAGUUCUGGGAAGUCAUUUGUAACAAGCAUGGGAUUGACCCUACUGGUGGUUACGCCAUGGUGACAGUAAUCUUCAGCUGGAAAGAAUUAAUAUCUACUACAGUGAAGCUACUGGUGGCUAAUAUAUCCCCCAGUGCUGUGCUAGUGGAUUUGAAGCUGGGAACUAUAGACUCUGAAGUCUGGACUAUACAGGCAGAUUUUCAGGCUGGACAACAUUUUGUUUUUGGUGUUUUCUGCUUCCUGUUGCUCUGUAUGUAUGAUGGUUAUGCUCUGGUACAAAGGUGAAGAGAUGGAGUUCACUGAAGCAGAGAGCAACAUGAAUGACCUGUUGUUGGAGUGCCAGGAUGCAACUGCUGAAGAGGUUGAGGAGGAGGAAAAGGAGCAGGUUUAAAUAUAAAAUGUCAUUGUCUGUUUAAUACCAAUAAAACAUGCACUUAAUAA